CAAAUUUUGGAGUAAUUGCAAAUCCCUGGAUUCCCAAACCAACUGGAAUUCAGCUUUUCCGCAAAAACCCUGAAAAAUGGUUCUUCCAUGAAUAUACAGAAACCAUGAAACCCCUCCUCCGCCCCAUCCACUACUUCAUUCCCAAACCCCCAUGGCGGCGCCGCUACUCCCACACCCAACCAGACCCAUCUCCCACCGCCCAUGACCUCCUCACCAUCCUCAACAAAUCCGACGGCGCUGAAUCCCUGAUCUCACACCUCUCCAAUAACAAGCUCAUCUCUCUGAUCCAAGAACACCACACAAACCCACAAUUGGGCUUUCGCCUCUUCAUCUGGGCCACCCAAAGAUCCAAGCUUUGCACCCGAAUGUGUCGUUCCACAGUGAUCGACAUGCUCCUGGAGGACGAUAAUGGUGUUGAACUCUACUGGAGGACUCUGGAGGAGUUCAGAGAUUCCGGGAUUCGAAUCGGGUGUGAUGCAUUUUCUGUGCUGAUCAGAGGGUAUGACAAGCUGGGCAUUGCCGAGAAGGCGGUGGAGGCUUUUUCAAGGAUGAAGGAUUUCGAUUGUAAGCCUGAUGUUUAUACUUACAAUGCGGUUUUAUAUGUUUUGGUGAGGAAAGAAGUGUUUUUGUUAGCUUUAGCUGUGUAUAACCAAAUGUUGAAGUGUAAUCUUAGUCCCAGUAGGACUACCUAUAGCAUUUUGAUCAAUGGGUUUUGCAAGAGUAGGAAAACCCAGGAUGCGAUUCAGAUGUUUGAUGAGAUGACACAGAGAGGGAUUGCACCCAAUACCGUUACUUAUACUAUUAUCAUUUCCGGGUUGUGCAAGGCAAAGAGGGCCCAUGAUGCGCAUAGGCUGGUCGAUACGAUGAAGGAAACUGGGUGUACUCCUGAUGUGAUUACUUACCAUGCUUUGCUUGAUGGGUAUUGUAAGUUAGGUAGGCUUGACGAAGCUUACGCGCUCGUGAGGUUGUUGCAGAGGGAUGGUUAUGUUCUUGGAGUGGAGGGAUAUAGUUCCUUGAUUUUGGGUUUGUUUAGAGCUAGGAGGUUUGAUGAGGCACAUGAGUUGUAUGGGAAGUUGAUCGAUGAGGGGAUUAAGCUUGACGUUAUCUUGUGUACUAUAUUGAUUAAGGGGCUGGCAGACGCUGGCAGGGUUACGGAUGCUCUGAACUUCUUGAGUGAGAUGAGUAAGAAAGGUUUGGUUCCAGAUGCAUACUGUUAUAAUGCUGUCAUCAAAGGGUUCUGCGAUUUAGGUCUUUUGGAUGAAGCUCGAUCUCUCCAUCUUGAGAUUUCGAAGCAAGAUUGCUUCCCUAAUGCCUGCACUUACACCAUUCUCAUUUGUGGUAUGUGCAGGAAUGGGCUGAUAGGGGAAGCAGCACAGAUAUUCAAUGAGAUGGAGAAGCUUGGAUGUGUUCCUUCUGUUGUAACCUUCAAUGCUCUUAUUGAUGGGCUUUGUAAGGCUUCUAAGCUUGAGGAUGCACAGUUGCUGUUUUACAAGAUGGAGAUAGGAAAAAAACCUUCGUUAUUUCUUCGUCUUUCUCAAGGUAGUGAUCGGGUUAUUGAUAGUGCGAGUCUUCAAAAGAAGGUGGAGCAAUUGUGCGAGUCAGGAUUGAUUCUUCAGGCCUAUAAACUUCUGAUGCAGCUAGCUAGUAGUGGGGUUGCCCCCGACGUCAUCACUUACAACACUCUAAUCAAUGGGUUUUGCAAAAAUGGAAACAUAGAUGGUGCUUUCAAACUCUUCAAGGAUAUGCAAUUGAAAGGGAUCGCCCCAGAUUCUGUUACAUAUGGAACACUUAUAGAUGGACUUCAAAGGGUUGAAAGAGAAGAAGAUGCCUUUGUGGUCUUUAAUCAAAUGGUGAAGAAUGGAUGCACACCUAGCUCUGAAGUUUACAAAUCACUGAUGACUUGGUCUUGCAGGAAUAGCAAGGUUUCGGUAGCUGUUAGUCUUUGGUUGAAGUACCUGAGCAGCCUUCCUCACAGAGAAGAGGAAGCAAUCAAAGCAAUAGAGGAAAAUUUUAAAGAGGGGCAAAUUGAGAAGGCGAUCCAAGGCUUACUUGAAAUGGAUGUAAAGUUUAAAGAUUUAGAUUUAGGACCAUACACUAUUUUGCUCAUUGGUUUGUGUCAGGUGCAAAGAGUGGGUGAAGCUCUGAGAAUGUUUUCUGUACUUCAGGAGUACAAAGUCAAUGUCACUCCACCAAGUUGUGUGCACUUGAUAAAUGGUCUCUGCAAAGAAGGGAAUUUGGACCUGGCAAUAAAUGUUUUCCAUUAUACUCUGGAGAGGGGUUUCAUGUUAAUGCCCGAAAUAUGCAAUAAGCUGCUCAAGUGUCUUCUUCGUUCCCGAGACAAAAAGGACCGUGCCUUUGAUCUCAUUCGUAGGAUGAGAAAUUUUGGAUAUGAUCUUGAUGCUUGUCUUCACCAGACUACAAAGUUACUUCUACAAUUUCACUAGACCAUGAUGGAAUUGGUAAUUUGUGUCAAUACAUUUUGUUCAUGGCUGACGCUAAGGAGGAGCUACUUUGAUCUUAUAACCACAAAUGGCAACAAUUCUUGACCGGUGGUUCGUUCCCAGGCUUGUCUGUUGGUCAAAUUAUAUCUACUCCAUUGAUUGAAUUUUUUGCCCAUGAAUCUCAUGAUACACUUCUUCAACAGUUCAAUGUGAGAUUACUGUCCGGAAAUUGUUUUAGAACAGAGAGUUUGUUGCACAAUCUGACACCCCCUUCCAUCAAACCUUGUCUUUUUCACUGGUGUUGGUGCAUAGGAGGGUUGCUGUAGAUUUUUCAGAUUACCAGAGAAAUAAGUAGGAGAGUGCUCCUUAUGAAGUGGAUGACAUGGAUCAUUUUCUAUGCAUCCAAAUUUUUUGUAAUUUACACAGUGAAAUCCUUGUAAGAAUAUCAACUUGAGAAACAGGAAGGUUAUCUUUCCCUUCCACUUUGACAAAGAGCUACUCUUCUGACCUCAUUAUUGCAUGGUGCACGGUAUCUCAGGAAACGGUUGAAACACAAUUUUGAUUACUGAAGUAUUUUGCUGAUUAGCAAUGCUGAUCUCAGUAUAUAAUUUUCUUUUGCACUGCUCUUGAUCUGCUGAUGGAACGGCUGAACAAUAUGCACUGCUCCUGUUGUGACUCCAUCACUAUCAGCAAUUUGCAUCCAACAAACUCAGCUGGCACAAUUAAGCUGGACUUGAUGAAGGGGAUUGGCUCAGAAUAUAGUUCUUUUUCUUUUUCAGACCAAAUUUGGCCAUGGCAAAAAAAUAGAAUGAAUUUGCAGGCUGAUCAGAAAAGAGCUGAAAGAUCAAGAAUUUGCAGUGGUGGAUCCUAUAUGUCUCAGAUUGGUUCUUUACAGGCAUGGUUCUCUUUUGAUGCCAAGAUUUUGUUGGCCAUUUGAGCUUCUUCCCAGGGCAGUAACCAUAGCUUCCAAAUGGUUGAAAGUUGCAUCCAGUUAUCCUGUGUCACGCCUUGAAAAGCUACGUUUCCCCUUCAGAUAUUUUGCAUAAUAUCUAUGAUGAUGGGAUGAUGCAAGAGCAGCCUGUUGAUUACAAUAAAUACAGGGUGAAAAGAACGUGCUGCAAUCACUGAAGUCUUUGUUCAAUGGCAGUAUCAUAGUAAGGAGUAUGCAAUGUGGGUCGAGUUGCUGGACAUUCAAGCGAUAGUUCUGGCUUUAAAUCCUCGAGGACAUUGGCUGUAUCGGGAUGGAAAUGUAAGAAAACCAAGAGCCAGUCAAUUUUUGAAGUUCAUAGGAAAGUAUCGUGCAAACCAAGCCUUAAGAGCAGGGAGGCAUGAUUUAUUGAUCAAGAUUGGUGUCCUAAUAAAAUUUCUCAAUGCACUCUGUUUUAGAGUCUUUGUAGAAGGGCUCUACAAUCAUCAUUUGUCCUGUAUAUAAAUGACCAUUGAUUAAAGUCCGUACAACGCGUUUGGCAACCCAACUUCUGCUUGUUCCUUCAAUAAAUUGAUCAUGAAAUUAACUACUCAAAAUUUGUAUCCAAUUGAUGCAAGUAAUCUCUGAAGUAUUCAAUAA